AUGCUCUCAAAGAGGCUCCUAAUUCCCCCCUUCGUAAGCCAAAAAAACCACUGAAAAAUCCCUACCUUUUGGCUAUAAACCCUCCGUGAGCGAUCAAAAAAUUUUAAUAUAUGAAAAAAUAUUAACUGUAUAAGUAAUAAUUAAUAUAAGGAAAUCUCUAUCCAAUUCUGUUUAAUUCAAACAGCUUGCAUUAAACCAUAAUUUAAUUUCGAAAAGAAAAAUUAAGAUAAAUUUUAAAAAAAAAUUUCUCACGAGCUAACACAAUAUUUUUGUUUACUCACAGUGGGAUUAAGGAACAUUUAUAUACAAGGAAGAGGUGAAAACUUCCGCAAACUGUCAAAGGAAGAAAAGCUAGAGGCAGAGCGAAAUUUUUAUGAGGAGCUUCAAAAAUCAAAAGGAACAUUCCCAAAAUUCCGAAAUCCCCUAUCAAUCUUUAAAUCACUUGGCUAUCAGCUUGAACCACCUGUCGCCGAUAUCAAAGAAGCUGAAAUAAAUAUCAAAGGAGAUAGAUUUAUUGAUGAGUACUCAUGAAUGCAAGAUGACAAUAAUUACCAGCAGUGAGAAGACUACAUUAAAGAUGAAACCAUAUACACAGAGUCAUUCACAGCCAAAGACUUCUAUACCAUAAAUGACCUCGUGAGAGAGUUUAGGGAAAGAGCUCCAAAGACCAUCUUCCAGGUGGUCGAACAAAAAGGGUGUAAUUUACAUUUAGAUAUCUCUAUACUUUUGAAAACAACUGCUUGGUAAGGAAAUUUGGGGAUACCGUUGAGGUCGUUUUAAGCUAUGAGGAAAUGAAAAACCACCCAAUUCUAAAAUUCAAUGAAAAGUUUCAGAGAAUGCUUAAAGAAAUUUCUUUUCCAAUAGUAAACACUCAAUUCUCACAUGAUCAUAGAAUGAUUGGGCUGAGUGGUAAAAACCCAGUAGGUUUUUACCUGCUGACAUUUACCAUCAAAAAUGAUGGAAAAAAAAUAGGAAAAAUCCUCUGUAAUUUUUGACGGUAAAAAGACAGCAGGAAAAAGCCUAUCUGUAACUUUUCCUGCUAACCCCAGAAUGAUUGCCUUUUCAAUACAAGUAGAGGAAAAGGUUGGAAUCAUUGUAAAAGAUAUGGUGAAUAAGGCUAUGACUGGAUUUUUUGUUGAGGGCGUCGAUGAAUUUUGCAUUUUUGAUAAACUGUAUGGACUUUAUUAUAUUGAAAAAGAUAAUGAUACUAAUAAAGGGAAAAAGUGUUUUAGGGCAGAUCUGAACCCUGAGUUAUCAAAAGAAGAACAGAUACUGAGAGAAGCUCAGCUAAAAAUAGGCAAAACUUUUCUUGUUAAAUCUGAGCUUAUCUAUGAAGAAAAAGAUCCCAGCUUCAACGUUGAAGUAUGUGAUACUUUAAGUGCAGAAUAUAUUUUGGUAAAAACCAGCAAUAUGCAAAAUGACUUGAAGCUUAUUUCCAACGAAAUUCGAUUUAGGCCAAGCAACAGAGGCGAUUUAGAAUUUUUAAUAAUCCAAGAGAGAAAAGAAGGAGUGUUCUAUGAAGUAAGGCAUCAAGGCGAAAAUUUCUUUAUUUUAGUAACAUCUCUAGAUGAGCCAAAUAGAAAAGUGCUGAAGGCAUCUAUUCCUCCAUAUCAUUCUUUUAAUCCACCACAGGAACCUUUAUUGAUUUCAGAAUCCAAAGAGCUUAUUGGGAGCUUUAUAGGUGCAAAAACGCAUAUAGAGCAUCGAAAUAAUAUUUCUAUUGACUAUUUAGAGACUUAUAAAGAACACUCAGUUCAAGUACUGACUGAUACAGAAACCUCUUUGCAGUACAUUGAGGCUCAAAAUCUCCUUUCUGGGACAACAGAUAUAGUAGCUUAUGAUACUUAUGAAGGCCAACUGAAAAUUGCAAAUAAUAAAUCAUACAGGAUCCAUGUGAUGCCUGAAAAGCAAGACUAUCUUUCGCAUUUUUUCAAUUAUAAACUGUCAACUCUUCAUUCUCCUAAUAAAAUAAUCAAAUACAACCUCAACUCAAAAGUAAAUGAACUAAUUGACCUUGAGCAGCACAUAACUAAUGUCCGGCUUGAAGAUUAUUCAUCAGAAAGGAUUGUUCUGCCUGCAACUGAUAAGCAACUUAUACCAGUUACCCUGGUUUAUAAUAAAAAAUAUGCAAAAAGUGGCAUGGAAGCGAAUGUAAUUUUGCAUACUUUUGGAGGGGAAACAAAGAACACACAUCAGUUUAUGCUGGAUUACACUUGGCUAAGCAUGCUAGAUAGGGGCUAUUUGUGGGCGAUUCCACAUAUAAGGGGAUCAUAUGAUAUUAAUUAUAGCUGGUAUCAGAAAGGAAUUCAAGCUAAUAAGCUGAGGCAUAUACAAGACUUUUUAGAUAUUGGAGUUAGCAUGGUAAGCGAAAAAAUCGCUGGAAAAUUGCAUGCAUAUGGAGAAGGAAGCAGUGGAGGACUCACAGUAGCUUCAGCAAUAAUGAAAGAGCCAAAAAUAUUUACUUCAGCAGUUUUAAAGGUAAUUUCUAUUUAGAAUCCGAUUCUUGAUGUGAUUUCUUAUCUGAGAAUUAAGAGAGAUCUGUCGGAGUUUGGAUCUUUAGAUGAUCCUGACUUCCCCCUUUAAUUAGAACAGCAAUAUAAAAGGGAUAAUUAUUUUAAAAAAAAAAUUAUAUUUAAAUAAAAAUUAUAAUUAAAUUUCCCCCUUAAAAUAACAUUUUUUAAAAUUUUUAAAUCUUAAAAAAAUACAAUUUGAAUUUUAAUUCAUUUUCAUUUUUAUGAAGAAAUAAUUAAAAAAAUUAAUUGAUUUACUCUGGAAGAUUUAAAAGCACUUUUCCAUUAAAAUAGAUCAAAAUUAAUCUUAUAAAAAUAACAUUUUCAUGAUUUUAAAACAAAAAAAUUAUAAUUUUUAAGUAAUAUAAUUUUAAUUUAUUUUAUGAAGAAUUAAUAAAAAUUAAUCGAUUCAGUGUGAGAACUUUUAAAUAGCAUUCUACUUGAAUUAUUCUAUUAAAUUAGGUAAAAACUAAUUUUAUAAAAAUUCGUACAUUUAUAGAUAAAAUUUUCCUAUUAAAAACAAAUUUUGUUCCAAUUUAAAAAAGAGGGGAGUGAGAUCUACAAGAUAAUCAAAACAUACUCUCCUUAUCACGCUAACAUGGAGCCACAGCAUAUGACCCAGCUUAUGCUUGCAGUUGAUUUCGAUAAUGAGGCUACCUACCACGCCACAAAAUUUAUUGCAAAAUUAAGGAAAAAGAAUUUGGGAGAAAAAAAUAUUUUUCUAUAUAAAGAAUAUCCGACUUGGACAACUGAUGAUAUUAAAAGAGCUGAAGAGUUUAGUUUCAUAAUUUCAAGUAAUAAGCGUAAGAAAUAG